AAAUCAUCAUUCAUUCCUUGUGAUAUUACAAUCAUGAACACCAAGGUCUUCAUCCUGCUCGGUCUGGCAGCCGUGGUUGCUGCCGACAGCCGUGAGAUUUUCUCUUACGGACCUCCCCGGGAUUCCUCCGAAGAGUCAUUCGAAUCCUACGAGUCGGGAGAAGCCAAGUACGACUUCAGUUAUGCCGUUCAGCACGAAGACUCCGGCAACGACUUCGGCCACGAGGAAGCCCGUGACGGUGAACACACUCAGGGAUCCUACUACGUGAGGCUUCCCGACACCCGUCUGCAGAGCGUCAAGUACUUCGUGGACGGCGACUCCGGCUACGUGGCUGAGGUCAACUACGAGGGCGAGGCUCGUUUCCCCGACUCCUACGAGUCUGCUUCCUUCGAGUCCCGCGAGUACAGGCCACCAAGGCCAGUCUACACCUAUGGCUCCAACGAGUCAAAGUAAAUUAUCCAAUUCUUCAUCAGUGGAUCUUGAUCGCGGACAUGGAUUUUUUGAUGACAAAUAUUUAUUGUAUAUUUAUUACAAAAUUAAACAUGAAAGCACGAA